CACUAAAACUAAUUUCUAAUGUUUAUUAUUGUCAGAUGUUUCCAAAGAGAAGGCGGUGAUGGAGCGCUGAAAAUAACGGGACCCGCGCUCGGUGAAAUGAUUGGACGAACAGAAUGCCGUCAUUGCUAAGCGAAAGCGGAAGUCCUCUCCUCAGUAGGCAUGGGACAAUGAACCCUUGCCAGAUACUGUGUUUCUCUCGCGACUAGGGUUAUUUUGGAGUCUUAUCGAAUAUAAAGGGACACCGAAACCAUGGAGGUUCCCUGUUAUCUGUCCAAACUGAUGUUUGAGCUCAAUGAACAGCGAAAGCGAGACUUCUUCUGUGAUUGCAGCAUCCUGGUGGAGGGGCGUGUUUUUAAAGCCCACCGGAAUGUGCUAUUUGCUGGUAGCGGCUAUUUCCGGGCUCUCCUGGUUCACUACCUGCAGGACAACGGACAGCGCUACAGCACAGCCUCGUUGGACAUCGUAACAGCCGAUGCCUUCUCCGCCAUCCUUGAUUUCCUCUACUCUGGUCGCUUGGCUCUUAACAGCAACAAUGUCAUAGAGGUGAUGUCAGCAGCUAGCUACCUGCAAAUGACUGACCUGGUGAACUUCUGUAAGGAGUACAUCCACUCCUCUUUGGAGAUCUGCAACAAGGAGAGGGAGAAGAGCAUGCAGAAAGAGAACAAGUCGGACAAUGGAGCGAUCGGACCUGCAGACAGUGGAACUCCUUCUUUAACCAUCUCAGGUGGUGAAGGUGUAGCAGGGACAAGUUCAGAGGCUGCGGAGGUGGAUGGAGGGUCGAGCUUAGGUCCCGAAGCUGGGACCUCAUCUAGGACCGCGUUGUCCACGGGUGUCGCCAUCCCUGCAGGCUCCAGUAAAAACAUGGACAGUGCCUACUCCUCUAGGGAGGGGUUCACCUCUGGCAGUGAAGAACAAAAGGGCCACAUGGAUCAGACCAAUCUCUCCUCCUCCUCCUCGUCUGCCUUGACUCCAGAGUUGGUGAACCCGAAAAUAGAGUAUGAUCCCGAUGAGGAACUGGUAGAGUCCCCAGACACCAAAGACCUUGCCUCUUAUCCUGGGCCCCCUCUACAUGGUUCACACCACAGCAGGUUACAUCUCCAAAGUCCCUCAGUCUCCAAUGAGCGCUCCUCUUUAGGAUACAGCCCUUCAUUUAAUGCCCGACAGCUGAUGGAGAUCCUAUCCAGAGGGGAUGCUCCCCGGGGCCCCAGUCCCCAGGGGGACAGGGCAGGUCAGCGCUUCGCCCAAGGACUCGGAGGCAGCACAGCAGGAAGCAGAAUGGAUGAAAGUUUAGGCUUUGUUGGGUCAUCUAUCAUGGAGAUCCAGUCCGAUUGGCUCAGCGAGGAUACAGGUGAUGGCUUGGUCGUGCCAGUUAAACUCCAUAAGUGUCCUUUCUGUCCAUACACUGCCAAGCAGAAAGGAAUCAUGAAGAGACACAUUCGCUGCCACACAGGAGAGAGGCCUUUCCCCUGUCCCAUGUGUGGCAAGAGGUUUACACGGCAGGAGCAUCUCCGCACCCACGCCCUUAGUGUUCACAGGCACUACUGGCCAGUAUCGUGCAAGAGCUGCAGGCGAACCUUCACCGGGUCGGGCGUUUCCCCUGGAUUGAAGCGCUUCAGCAUCUGCGACAGCUGCAACUGCGUGACCACCACUCACGAGGACUCUGCGCCUGUGGACCCCUCGAGCCAGCAGGAGCCCAUGGUGCGUACGGACGGAACCACAGACUGGUCGAGCUUUAUGGACGAUGUGGACGAGGUGGAGGUGGGCAGAGUGGAGGACCUGGUGGAGAAACAGAUAAUGGAGAGACAGUUGGCCGAGUGCUCGGAUGUCAGUCAUACACUGUGAAUUCACCGAAACAGAGCCUCACAUCAUAUCUGUGAGGUUAUUAAUUUAUUCUCUCAUUCGGGUCCAGAUUAUUCUGUCCAGAGCUGCCUGCCAUUGUGUGCCAGUGGUUUGUCAGAUGCAGGAAACUUGCAGCAACUGUUCAGAUGUUACUACAUUUCAAAGAUGUAUAAUGCAAACAGAAAGUAUUCACACCUCUCCACUUUUUCCAUAUUUAUGCUGAAUGUGUUCCCAUGAUCAUCACAGUUGGGUAGUGUCGUUCGCUUAACAUCCUACCAGCAAAUCGC